UCUCGUGUCCUGAUGACUCCCUUAGCGAUUUCUCCGCCGAGAAGCACACCAGAGCCGGAUAUUAGUUCAAUCCCCCAGGAUGCAGCUACGAUACCCAACUCAGCCACCCCACAGGCUCUCACAGUCUGCAUUUACGUCAACAAACAAGCAAACCUGGGGCCGUACCUCGACCGAAAAAAAGUGCAGCAGCUCCCAGAGCACUUUGGGCCCGAGAGACCAUCCACGGCCCUGCAGCAGGCUGUUCAGGCCUGCAUCGACUGCGCCCUCCAGCAAAAGGUGGUCUUCUCGCUCAUCAAGCAGGGCUAUGGAGGCGAGAUGGUAUCAGUUUCAGCUUCUUUUGAGGGGAAGCAGCACCUCCUGAGCCUGCUGGUAGUGAACAGCAUUGGGUAUGUCCUGCGCUUCCUGAAGAAGCUCUGUCGCAGCCUCUUGUGUGACAAUCUCUUCAGCAACCAGCCUUUCCAGCAGUACAACGCUGCGUCAGAAAGCCCAGAGGUGUAUGAAAACAGACGGAUGGAGGCAGUUAAAACAGUCACACCUGAGGACUACCUGGUUGAUCCUGCGAACAUGAAGCGGUACAAUGUGGAUCCUGCCGAUUCUGCCUUUGGUUGCAUGGGCUCCAUGUACCCCAUGCGGCAGAGUCCUGCAGAUGGAUGUCCUGCUGGAGGCUCCUCUUCCUCCUGUAGCCAUCGUCCUGCCCAGAUGUCUUCAGGGGGGUCCUCGUCUACUGGCCUGCGACAACAGACCUCCAGCCCAACAAGGAAUGGGACCUAUCUUGAAGGAAACAGAAGUGCCUCAAGUCCUUCACCAGAACGACAAGAUGCGGCUCGGCCAUCAAGCAAGAAUCCUUUGACCUGGACAGUGGAUGAUGUGGUUUGGUUUGUGAAGGAUGCAGACCCUCACGCUUUAGGUCCCCACGUGGAGCUCUUCAGAAAACACGAGAUUGAUGGCAAUGCUUUGCUGCUGCUGAAAAGUGAUAUGAUCAUGAAAUACCUGGGGCUGAAACUGGGACCUGCGCUGAAACUGUGUUACCACAUUGAUAAGCUCAAGCAAGCCAAGUUCUAA